AAUUCACAACCUAAGGUACCUAUUAUAAUAUUCGGUUCUAAUUAUUCACAACACUUUCUUUUUUGUUUAAUGUUUGAAACAAAACUAUAUACUAUGUGAUUGCGAUUUCUAUGGUUUUGAGGUUAACUGCGUUUUACUAUCACAUCACUGACAACUAGUAUAGUCUGCAAAUGUUGAUUUUAUUUCUAUGUGGAGUCCUUGCUGAGGAGGAGGAGGAGGAGAAGUAAAUUUCAAUGGUUGGAAAAUUACAACACUGGAAGGUUGAUGUUGUUACAGAACCCUGUGUCAACAGCAUCAUUGUUAUUAGCCGCCUCAAGGAGGGUUUACAACUACCAUCUUUCUACAUAUACACUCAUGGCAUCCUCAGCUGUGGACUGCAGUUUGCUGGUUCUAUGUGGCAAAUCACUCACAGAGAAUGAAACUGCUAAAGCUAUUAAGGCCAAUAACACCCUCAAGCUCUCUGACAAGGAAGAAUUGUCCAUUAUUUUGCAUUCAGAAAUCAAUAAAAAUGUUUUGCAACAACAGUCCUUCCAAUUUAGUUCCUUCAUGAGUUCUCUUUCCACCAAUCAAUUUGGCAGGCUUCUCAUAUGGUCUCCACAGUUAUCUUCUACUCAUGAUGUCAUAUCAAAGAACUUUUGUGAACUUCCGGUUGGUACAGUAUGUGUUGCGGAUAUUCAGAACAAAGGACGAGGUCGGUCAAAGAAUGUUUGGGAGUCUCCAUUAGGUUGCCUCAUGUUUUCUUUUACAUUGCAAAUGGAGGAUGGACGAGUCGUUCCUUUAGUUCAGUAUGUUGUUUCCUUGGCUAUCACAGAGGCAAUCAAGGAUAUCUGUGACAAAAAUGGAUUACCAUGCAUUGAUGUUAAAAUCAAGUGGCCAAAUGAUCUAUACUUAAAUGGAUUUAAAGUUGGAGGCAUUUUGUGCACCUCGACAUAUAAAUCAAAGAAGUUCAAUAUCAGUGCAGGAAUAGGAUUGAAUGUCAAUAAUGAGAAGCCAACAACAUCCUUGAAUACAGUUCUAAGAGAAUUGUCUGUGGGAGCCUACCAAUUUCAACGAGAAGAUGUUCUGGCAGCCUUUUUUAACAAGUUUGAGAAGUUUUUUGAUCUAUUUCAGAAUCAAGGAUUUCAAACCCUAGAGGAAUUAUAUUACAAGACAUGGUUGCACAGUGGACAAAGAGUUAUUGUACAGGAAAAGAUCGAGGACAAAGUGGUUGAACAUGUGGUAACUGUUCAGGGUUUGACAUCUUCGGGAUAUUUGUUGGCUGUCGGUGAUGACAAUCAAAUGUGUGAACUCCACCCUGAUGGUAAUAGCUUUGACUUUUUCAAAGGAUUGGUCAGAAGGAAACUUGACUGAAGAAGAUUCCAUUUGCUCAUGUCACAACAAGGGGAAACAUAUUAUGUACUUAAUAAAUUAUUACUAAGGUUUAGCAUUAUAGUUAAAUUUUUUUUUAAUAAAUCACAUGUUUCAAAUAUUUUUGUCAUUAGAAUUAUAGAGCUUUUGAAUUCCAUUUUGAA